UGGCGCAGGUGAGAUGGAGAGCGCUGACAUCGCUAGCGACGUACAUAUACACAUAUACAGCCCGCAUGCCGUCCUACUAGUACCAGCAGGGAACCAGUGCGAACUGCACGAGGAUACACACACGUAGACGUGAAAAUCAUCCUCGUUCCUCUCUGUCUCUCUCUCUGUGUGUGUGUGUGCGUUUGUACAAACGGCUGUGCUAUCUAAGGCGAAUGCUAUAGGUGCCGGUGUAAGGUGACAAUUUCGCGCACGCGCAGUCGUCGACGUCUUCGUCGUCGUCGUCGUCGUCGUUAAUCUCGCUGCCGACGAGCGGGAGCUGCGACAGCGAAACGGUUACGAGAAAGUGUCGACAGGUGUGGCAACCGACCGACCGACCGACCGACCGACCGACCGACCGACCGACCGACCGACCAAACGACUGACCGACCGAUCGACCGACCGACGCAUGCAUACACGCGUCGUUGCCACGAACAUCGAGAAUUGCAUCUCUUCGUCGCAGUUGCAGCAAACAGCGCUAAUGAAGAUACCUCCUGCGACACCUGGCUUCAUUAUCAGCUAGCUAGCGAGCGAGCGCUGUCAUUAAAAUAAUUAACAUUCUGCGUCCGUAGGCAUCAGCAGCUCCACGUGGAGUAUUCCGCAGAUCGGAUAUAGCGAGCCAGCAGCAGCAGCAGCAGCAGCAGUAACUGAUUGACAUUACCUAUCAGGUAGCAGCAGAAGCAGUAGUCGCUGACUGACCUUGCUAAGCAGGUAACAGCUUAGUGUUUGCCGCACUCUGACGCUGCGUUCGUGCGUGUGCGUGCGUGCGUGUGCUUGCGUUCGUGUCCGUGCGCGUUCGCGUGAUCAAUGGUCGGCUACGGAGAGCUGAGAGCUCUCACCGUCGGCGCUGGCUUGGCGUCGAAGGACGAAGACAACAUGGCGUCGGUGAUCGCCAACGACGCCGCCAUAGACGGCGCUGCGGCGCUCGUCGGCAGAAGCGUCGGCGCAAAGUAUCUAACCGAUGCAUCGGCCGCCGACGACGACGUCGACGACUUCCGGCUGCGGAGUCUGAUAGCGAGAAUCUCGUCGAUCGGGGACGUGGAUCUAGAGUUAAGCGACGACGUCGGCAACAACAGCAGCGUCGUCUAUGACGUUUACCUCGCCAUACACAAGACGGCGACGACGGGCAUCGUCUACCCAGCCAUCGUCGCCAUCGUCGUCAUUCUCGUCGCCAACGUCUACGCGCUGUACGUGCUCGAGUCGGGCUCCAGGCGGCGCGACCUCUGCCUGCGCUGUGUGCUGCUCAUGGUCGCAGCGUCGGCGCUGCAGCUCUACAGCGUCGUCACGCUGCUCGCGUACGUCUGCGCCGCCGUCGGCGUCGACAGCGUGCCGGCCGUGCACGUCUGCUGGAUGGAGGUCGAGGCGACGAGACUCUCCACCGACGUCCUGCUGCUGCUGCUCGCCGUCAUGUACUCAGAGUCGCAGCUCGUCGUGGGGGCGCGACGAUCGUUGUCGCUUCCGCUCACGUGCGCGGUCGUGCUCGGCGUGUGGUUCGUACCGGAAGUCGUCGACUACGGCCUCGUGAGCAUGACGACGCCGCUGCGCGACGUCAUCUACACCGCCGGAGUUUCGGUCACGCUUCCGUUCUGCCUCGUCGACAACUUCAGCGACUUCUGGAACUGGUUCGCCUUCGUACUUCCGGUCGGCACGUACUGCUGCGUCGUCGGCGUCGUCGGCAUCGUCGUCGGCAGCAAGAAGCAGCGCCGACCGCAGAGCGGCAAACACUCACUGACGGAAGAUGACCACCAGAUGGAGUUGGUGCAGCAGGACAGCUGCGUGUGCGCCUCCGUCUACGGCGACACUCGUCGGAUGCUGACGUUGCUGCUGGCGUGGAUGAUGAUCCUGAAGCCAGCGAUGCAAUACGAUCUGUUCUCCAUCGCGCUGCCGACCGACGGACAUCAUUUGCCGUUCUUCGACGUCGGCACGCGUCUGCUGCUGAUCACCUGCAGCGUCGUCUUCCCCGCGAUGUGCAUCGGCAAGAGCAACGCGGGAGGCAGACGCCCCGACGCUCCUGCUACCGCAACUACUAUUUAUAGUUGUACCUUGCAAGUGUAACUAUACUAACCAGGAAUUAAUAAUGUCAAUUUGUCAUUAUUAACCCGUGUACUAACUCUCAACGGACAUUCGAUUCGCAGCGUCAGUGCCGUGGCUAACUCACAUUGCCAAGGGUUUGGGGUCUGGCGGUGGGGCGAAGUCACGCGCAAGUUGUGCUCGAGAGUUGACCGUGAGCAGUUCGGCCAUUGACCAUGUAACAAUUCCAAACAUUGCUCUGGGGGAGGUGCUACUGCUCACUCCUUGCCCCUACACCCGCUAGCUACGGCUUUGAACGCGGGGUGGCGUAUUGCCUGCUUGCACGACAUAUUCAUACCUAGUCGUACGGCAGAUGUCGAGUAUGUAUGGCGAGAUGUAAUGCCUAGAUUUAAAAGCUGACAGAGGGAGAGCAAAACAAAGUGUAUGGCACAGGAAAGGCACUAUCCAAACGUAUAGCAGAGGGAAGAAAGGCAAUAUUUACAUAUAUCGCACCGAAGCACCAAUGUAUUCCAGAAGGAACGCAAUAUCGAAACGUCUGUCAGAUCAAGAGUAGAUAAUAACACAUGUGUUAUUAUCUACUCUUGGUCAGAUGCAAGGCAAUGCCUAUAUUUAUGCUGGCAGAGGCACAGAAACAUCUAAAUGUAUGGCAAGCGAACGCCAAUAUCUAAAUGCAUGACAGAUUUAAGAGGGGAGGCAAUACCUAAACGCAUGCCAAAGAAAAAGAAACAACUAAAAUGCAUGGGCGAGUUGGGGGGUCAUUUCUAGACAUAUAGCAGGGGUAGGGCGCUACAUAGACGCAUAAGACAGCGAAGCAUCUAUAAGUUUGGGGAGCCAUACCCGACGAUGUGGUAGCACUGUGUAAAUAUCACGACUACGGGCAAUUCUAUACGUGGAACGUUUUACAGCAACCGCGAUAAGAGGGUUAAUUCUCUCUCUCUCUACAUAUAUAUAUAUAUAUAUAUAUAUAUAUUAUUCUACUGGCUUUUAAUGGAAAGCAAAAGAACUUCUGUAUAUAUAUCGAUGAGCUGCCUAAUUACAACUUAUCACCGAACUUGAUCAGUUGUGGGACCCAACUCAAACAGGUGAAUAGCAAAUAUUCUACACGUGCAUGCUUAAAUGUAUGUAUAUAUAUAUGUGUGUUCGGGAUUUUAUUUUUGAACUGUUUAUUAUUAAAGAAGAAAUGGGUACUUUGACUAAAUCUGCUGUGUAUAUACGUUGAUAAGCGACAGUUAUGCAGGCCAGAGAGAGCUAGUAGACACAAGACGGAGAAUGAAUUUGUUAUAAUGACAUGUUCUUGCAUUUAACAAGGCUACAUCAUGUUUACAACGUAA